CAGAUUCCUUUUUCUCCAUUACAGGCAAAAAUAUGAGCGUAGAAAUUCUAGACGGUUCCACAAUAGUCAACUUUGUGGAGGACAAAGAAGCCUUUCACGUAUCAGUGAGCGAUCUGUUUGCUCAGCUUGAUACUGACAAGGACGGUCUUCUGUCAUACGGUGAGAUGCUGAAGGAGUUGAAGAGGCUUAGGGUUUUCGAAACUCACUUUGGGAUCGACGUGAAGAUUGAAGCAGACGAGGCUGGUCGUGUUUAUGAGUCAAUGUUUGUGCAGUUCGAUCAUGACCUGAAUGGAAGAGUUGAUCUGAGAGAGUUCGAAGCAGAGACGAAGAAGAUGAUGAUUGCUAUGGCUCAUGGCAUUGGCUUUGUUCCUCUUCAGAUGGUUCUCGAACCUGAUAGCCUCCUCCUGCAAGCUGUUCAGAGAGAGUCCAUGGUUCCACUUGCGGCUUAAUUAUUCUAAUUCUCUUCACAAAAUGAAAAUCCAAUUUAUGUUCUUGGAUCAGUUUUCAAAAUUCUUUAGACCUUGUAUUUUUCAUUUCUAGUCAUUUUUUGUAAUCAAUUUAUUUCAAUCCAGUUGAAAACUACUGAUGUAUUGUGAUUUUAUUGCGACGUAUCGUCUGAUUCAAUUUUGGUUGUAAGUUUUUGUUAUAUUAUAUUAUGAAUCCUUUAUUGCAA